AUUACAGGCGUGAGCCACUGCGCCCGGCUAGAAUGUUGUCUUUUAAUACUAAGGUUUCACUUGCAAAGGGAAAGAACUGUUUGCGGAACUAUCAACCGCUGUCUGAGGCGUGUCGGAAGCGACACCCCUGCGGAGGAUACGGUGCCGGUGUCGGGGUCCUUCCGAUCGCGAACACCGGCGUUCCUCAGCCUUCAAGACUAGGAGCGUUCAGGGCCCUCGGCCGCUGCCAGCCGCAGACUCCACUUCCCAUGAUGCCAAGGGGUCGGGCCGUCCGGAAGGCCGUGUGCCCUCCGCGGGGCAUGAUGGGGGAGCUGGAGAUUUCCAUCAUGGCGGCGUCCAUUUCGGGCUACACCUUCAGUGCUGUGUGUUUCCACAGCGCCAACAGCAACGCGGACCACGAAGGAUUUUUACUGGGAGAGGUAAGACAAGAGGAAACGUUUAGCAUCAGUGACUCACAAAUCAGCAACACAGAAUUUCUGCAAGUAAUUGAAAUCCAUAACCAUCAGCCUUGUUCAAAACUUUUUAGUUUUUAUGACUACGCAAGCAAAGUGAAUGAGGAGAGUUUGGACAGGAUUCUUAAAGAUCGGAGAAAGAAAGUCAUUGGGUGGUACAGAUUCCGGCGCAAUACGCAGCAGCAGAUGUCCUACAGAGAGCAGGUUCUUCACAAGCAGCUCACCCGCAUCCUGGGCGUGCCCGACCUCGUCUUUCUUCUCUUCAGCUUCAUCUCCACUGCCAACAAUUCCACUCAUGCUUUAGAAUAUGUACUCUUUAGACCAAACAGAAGGUAUAAUCAAAGGAUAUCACUCGCUAUUCCCAAUCUAGGAAAUACUAGCCAGCAAGAGUACAAAGUGUCUUCAGUGCCAAAUACUUCUCAGAGUUAUGCCAAAGUGAUUAAAGAACAUGGUACUGACUUUUUUGACAAGGAUGGAGUGAUGAAGGACAUCAGGGCGAUUUAUCAGGUUUAUAAUGCACUUCAGGAGAAAGUUCAGGCAGUGUGUGCAGAUGUUGAAAAGAGUGAGCGAGUUGUUGAAUCUUGUCAGGCGGAAGUGAACAAAUUAAGAAGACAAAUCACUCAGAGGAAAAAUGAAAAGGAACAAGAAAGAAGAUUGCAGCAGGCAGUGUUAAGCAGACAGAUGCCGUCUGAAAGCUUGGACCCAGUGUUCAGUCCUCGGAUGCCGUCUUCUGGGUUUGCAGCUGAAGGUAGAAGUACACUUGGAGAUGUAGAGGCCUCGGAUCCUCCUCCCCCCUAUUCUGAUUUUCACCCAAACAAUCAAGAAAGUACUUUGAGCCACUCUCGCAUGGAAAGGAGUGUCUUUAUGCCUCGACCUCAAGCUGUGGGCUCUUCCAAUUAUGCUUCCACCAGUGCCGGACUGAAGUAUCCUGGAAGUGGGGCUGACCUUCCUCCUCCCCAAAGAGCAGCUGGAGACAGUGGUGAGGAUUCAGACGACAGUGAUUAUGAAAAUUUGAUUGACCCUACAGAGCCUUCUAAUAGUGAAUACUCACAUUCGAAGGAUUCUCGACCCAUGACACAUCCCGACGAGGACCCCAGGAACACUCAGACCUCCCAGAUUUAACUAAAUAAAAGAAACUCUCCACCUAGCACUGUUUUUCUUCAUUGCUUACGGAGAGGGUUUUUGAGAACUUAAUCUGGAGGGGAGAACUGCUUUCUCAGAUACCUUGACUCCCGAGAAGAGAGUCCUUGUGCACAGAACUUGUGGGAGCCUCCAUCCGCUGCUCUUUACCUUUGGAUACAGUGUGCAAGUUUCAUGACAGAAUCAUUAAGAUAAUCAAAUUGUCCUAAUUCUGGUGCGAUUCAUGGAUGUACUGGUAAAUUUAGGCACAGUGAAACUUAUCAGCGUAGUUUCUGUUCUUUAAAAUAAAUUGGAAAUUAGAGACUAAGCACAAUUAGUCUAUAAAUGUUCUAUAAAUCAAAAACUUACCUCUUGCACUAUCAUGCCUUGAAAUUUACUUUUUCAAAGGGAAACAAGUUUAGCAGCAGCCUUCAAAGAACUUCUUUCUAUGAUGAGCCAAAUUCAUCUUUGCCAGAAAAGAAAUUUUGAUAAUUCCAAGAAGCCUGAUUGGAACAAAUCAGAUAUACCUUCUCUUGUCUGCAUGACUUUGUGAGAUAAAAGAGAGGGCUUCCAACUUUUUUCUACUAGCUUGAUAUGUAUUAUCACUUAAAAUGGUUGCCUUUAAAAAAAAAAGUAGAGAUACUAAUUACCAGUAAGUAAUCAUCCAAAUAAAUACGUCAUAAAAGAAAUUAAUUAUUUUUUUCUUGAUGGAUUACAGUGACUACUGUGUUGCACUGGCACAUUUAUGGUCUCUGUUCUGGAAUCUUAGAGGACACACAGCAGUGGAGAACAGGAGUGAGUUUUAUAAUGAACAGAUUCCAGACACGGUAGGUUUAGCUGAGUUCAUACAGAGGAGAUAUAACUCAUUUAGAUCUUCUGACAAAUCUAGUGUUAGUUUUAUUUGUGGAGGAAAGACAUUUAAUAGUAAACUGUUUGGGAAUCUUGGUGAAUAAAGAUUCAUUGUCAAGCUGAAUAACCAUACUUAUUUUAUUUUGAGUUGCCAUUUGGGGAAUAAUUGCAGUAUGUGUGGAGACUCUCUUGGGAUGCACUUACAUUUUUAUUUAAUGACUACUUGUUUUCUAGUUUUGCCCACAAUGUGUGAAACCACUAAGACAUUCAGGAGCAUGUUGGGCUUCUGGUUUGGAAACAGCAAGACCCACCAUUUAUGACAAGGACAGCCAUGAGGUUAAUACUUGGAGUUUAACUGCCUUUCCUUUGAACUAGUUAAAACCUGUAAGAAUAAGGAAGUUGUUGGAGAGGCUUAAAAUCUGGGUUCUGAAAAAGUAGUUUCAGUUUAUAGGAUACACAUUUACUCACUGAGCUCCAGUUCCAAUACUAAAUUAGACAGUAUCAUAUAGACCGAAAAUGAAAUGCUAGAACUGCCGUUCUUUGGAUCGCCACUCUAUGGGGGUCUGUCUUUUAACUACUCUCCUGGUUUCAUUGGCCUUACACCACUGCCAUUUGAUUUAAAACGCUGCAGACCACUUUAUCUGCAAAUGUGUUCCAGUUGUUGUCAGCUACCUACUACGCAGCUUCAGCGCCAGUGUGAAUUAAUUUUUUUUUAAGUGCCGUUACCAUCUCCUCUGUUCAGAUUUUGACAUUCAGGAAAAUAUUUUUAUUUUGAUGCCAUACUGAAAUCUACAAUGUAUAUCUGACAAAGCAGUUAAAUGUGACAAUAAAAAACUUAUUUAAUCAUGG